AUGGAGGAGCAGCGGGAUCUGAACAGCACGGAUAGCAGCGAGGGAGAGAGUGUCUCCCCGUCUCCCAGCCUGCCCUCGCCGCCCAUACUGCCCCUGCAGGUCGCCCAGCAGGCCCACAGAACCACCAACUUUUUCAUCGACAACAUUUUGCGGCCGGACUUCGGCUGCAAGAAGGAGCACGGCCUGGGCCCGAGGGAGAGGGCGCAGACCUCCGGCCGGGAGCGCGCUCACCCGGUGGUCAGCAGGCCGAGCCUUCCCGGGACGCCGUGCCAGGACUCCAACUGCAGCACUGACAGCACUUCGUCCUCCGCCUCCUCCACCUCUCUGGCGAGUCCCAAAAAGAGUAACGGCAGCGUCGGAGGAACCGCAGCGGCCGCCGUCUCCACCGGGGGCAGCGGCGUGAAAGCCGAGGAGAGGACUGGCGGCGGGGCCGGGGAGAACACCUCCUCCUCGCUGGUGGUGCUGAACGGCACCGGGGCAGCCACACCGGAGACCCAGCCGCUGCUCUGGCCUGCCUGGGUCUACUGUACCCGGUACUCGGACAGGCCCUCAUCUGGCCCAAGGACACGGAAACUGAAAAAGUCCAAAAGCGGCAAAGAGGACAAGCGGCCGCGCACCGCCUUCACGGCCGAGCAGCUGCAGAGACUGAAGACGGAGUUCCAGGUGAACCGGUACAUCACGGAGCAGCGGCGGCAGUCUCUGGCCCAGGAGCUCAACCUCAACGAGUCCCAGAUCAAGAUCUGGUUUCAGAACAAGCGGGCCAAGAUCAAAAAGGCCAGCGGCUUCAAGAACGGGCUGGCGCUGCAGCUGAUGGCGCAGGGACUGUACAACCAUUCCACCACCACCAUCCAGGAGGACAAGGAGGACAGCGACUGA